UACCGCGGAGCGCAGUUGUCUAUAAGGACUCGGAAGUGAUAUCUUACAAGAUAAGUUGUACCACUUCGAAGGGUGGACCAAACGCAGCGAUAAUAGAGCGACUAAACGGUGUCGCAGUCGCUGCGACACAAGCCAACACGCUUGUAUGGGAGACAAUACGACUGCACCGAGUGUACUGACCACAGCCUUGAUGGUCCUCAGCCAAAACAAGCCUAACACCCUCAAACUCAACAGCGUGGCCCGCCAGGCGAGCCGCUACUCCGCCAGAGAUCCGAGAUUAAGAUAAUUCCUCAUCCACCACUCAACAACCUCAGUAUUAUUUGGUAUUACACACCUUAGAUAAUAAUGGACUUAGAGUGGGAACAGCCCAAUGUAGUGAUCAGAUGUACCAGGACACCAAGGAUUAAAGAAGUCAGAGAUGGGGCAGUCAGGGCUUCUCUACUGUCUGAUUCUACAUCUGGUAUUGUUAAAGGGGAAGAAGAUGACACUACCAGCAAUGGAACUGCUUCGUUCUCCAGCCCUGAUCUAGAGUUCAGCACAAAAGACCAAGUUCAACAACGACCACAAGAUAAUACAAAUAUAAAAAAUGAAAAAGAAUUAACACUCCUUUUUGAUAGUAAAAGGAAAACAAAUAUGGCUCCAGAUGACGAUUCUGAGUGUGAUGUUGAAGAAGAGACAGAUAUAUCUGAAAAAGAAAUGAAAGUAGGUAUACCAGAUGGUGGUUGGGGAUGGGUUGUUGUUAUGUCAUCAUUCAUUAUUUCCAUGAUAGCGGAUGGUAUAAGUUUUUCUUUUGGUUUGCUUUACAUUGAAUUCUUAGAAGAGUUUCAAGCCAGCAAAUCUACUACAGCUUGGAUCGGCAGUUUAUUCAUAGCCGUGCCGCUUCUCUCUGGACCUGUGAUGAGUGCACUUGUCGAUAGAUAUGGAUGCCGCAGUAUGACUAUCUUGGGGGGACUUAUUUCUACGCUUGGAUUUAUUCUGGCUUCAGUUUCGACUACUUUGGAGAUGAUGAUGAUCACUUUCGGAGUUAUCGCUGGCUUGGGACUAGGAUUGGUAUACGUGACUGCAGUUGUGUCAAUUGCUUACUGGUUUGAAAAGAAAAGAAACUUAGCAGUUGGUUUAGGAGCCUGUGGAACUGGUGUUGGCACUUUUGUAUAUGCUCCCAUGACUCAGUAUUUUAUAGAAGAAUACGGCUGGAGAGGAACUAUACUUUUGCUUUCUGGUACACUUCUGAAUUUGUGCGUUUGUGGUUGUGUGAUGCGGGAUCCAGAAUGGUGGAUUUUGGAACAGAAGAAACAGAAUAACAGUGACGAGAAACUUAUUAAGGAUGACGAAAAAUCGAAAAAUUCUAGCUACGCGUCUAUUUCCAAUCCAUAUGUAUUAGAUUUUGAUGUACCGACAAGAGGAAAGGUUAUGGAUGGUUUGAUCAAAAAAGGUGUAAAACCACAGAAAGUAAUAAGUCAGGAGGCUGCCAGCAUAAGGCGCCAUCAGAAUCUGUUAUUAUUGAAAAAUAAACGAUCUAUGAAGAAAAGAUCCCAAUCAGUAGUGGAUUUGCCUUCUUAUUUGACUUAUAGCGAUAAGGUCUCCCUCUCAAUGCUAGAUGCUCUAAUAAAAUCAACGAGUAAGGAGUACGAUAUCGAAAUAAAAUAUCCAAAGUUCGCUAUUACUGAAUACAAUAAGCCCAGGAAAUGCCCUGUCACUUCAAAGGGAAACAACGAACUGCCGGUUAUAAUACCAAAGCAAUUACUUACACGUACUCGAUCCGAAAAAUAUGAAGAGACUAACGAGAAACAUCCAUUUGAAGAUUAUCAAUUGAAGAAUGCUAAAACAAAUUUUGUAUUCAGAAAAUCUAAAUCUGAAUCGAGAGAAGAUAAAGAGUUGGUGAAGCAAGACAGCAAGGAGAACAAGCGAGACUGGUUGAAGAAACAGCUCUCUGUGAAUCACCAUUAUUUGAAAGAUUUGAAAAUGCCUCUAAAUUCUAUAAGCCAUAGAAAUGCUAUGUUGAACAUAAAACGAUAUAGAUUGAAAGCAUCUUCGUGUCCCGAUAUAUUUAAGAACUCAAUGAUAACUAUUGUUGAAAAAGAAGAAAACUGGUACGAUGAUUGCGUCACUUGUCUUUCUGACAUGUUCAAUGUGAAUCUAUGUAAGAAGAUGACCUUCAACUGCAUGUGUCUCGGGACUAUUAUUUUGUUCAUCUGGUUCAUCGUGCCUUACUUUUACCUGGCCGAGCACAUGAUCCACAAGGGUUUUAGCGAAGACGAUGGCGCUUUUAUGCUCAGUUUGAUUGGAAUCACAAAUACAAUCGGAAUGGUCGGCCUCGGCUGGAUAGGGGAUUUCCCUAAAGUGUCAAUUGGUCCUUUGUACGCUAUCUGCUUAGUUUUGUGUGGCGCUUCAGUUGCGUUGAUACCAAUAGCAGCGACCAACUAUUGGCUUCUGGCCGCUGUGUCUUCGGCAUUCGGGCUACUCUUUGCGGCCUCCUUCACUUUCACACCGAGUUUACUGGUGAAACUCGUGUCCUUGGAAGACUUCACCACAGCUUACGGUCUGGUGCUGCUGGCUCAAGGUAUUGGACAUCUGAUCGGGCCGCCACUGUCAGGCUUGAUUUACGACCUGACGUCGUCUUGGGAGCUGGCGUUCUACCUGGCGGGAGGUUGGAUCAUCGUAUCAGGAGUGCUGAUCUCCUUCAUUCAGCCCCUCAAGAAGUAUGAGCAACGGCGUGAUGAGAUGGCUGAAAGAUGCAGCACCUCUAGUAUGGCGUAGAAGAUGUGGUCAUAAAACAGAUAGGUAUAGGAGUAGGCAAAGAUAUUAAAAAUCAUUAAUAAAAAAAAGCGUGUGUGUCUUGAGCCGCAGAAGAUGUGAUAACUUAAACUAAUCUAAGCGGAGUUGCGGGUUAGAGUGAGAGAGAAGGAGCCUGCCUACCGCUACCGUAUGCGUGAGAGGUAGGGAAGCCAGACAGAAUGGCGCCGUAACGCGUUACGUAACGAAGCGGUUUACCCUCCCAUGAGAAGUUACCACUUCAAAAAAGUGUUAUCUCGGCUGCGAAUCGCGAAUCAGCAGGCGAGUUUUUUACCACUGAGCCGCUGAUGCUUGUUGGUAAGGUCCGGUUAAUAUUGUUAUUAACCGGACCUUACCAACAAGUAAGGUAAGGUCCGGUUACUAACAAUAAAAAAUGUAAUGCGUCCUGCUUAAGAUUUAGGUAUUCCUUUCAAAAAUGAAACAUUCUAAGCACAGUCAUAUAUUUUUUCCAUUUUUUGUCAUCUACCAUAUUUUUAGAAGUAACAGUUUCGAAAAGACGUAGGUACCUACUCUAAAAUACAGUUUUGUCCUCUUUUCCAUGUAGGCGUACUUUAUAAUCUUCGACACCAAUAAAGCUAAAAUACUCUUAUUUACUUUUAUUAAAUAAUUUGUUGUCAGAACAAAUGACCAAAAAAAAAACUCUAUUUUAUACUGGGCACUUUAUUUUUAUUCUAUUAAAAACGAAAAAAUACUUUAUUCACCCUAAAAAUGGUGGCAACCCUAAUCCUAGCGCUAACGCUGAGCGUAGGUAUUAAAAGUGAAGUAAAUACAUACUUAAGUUUGAUUUCGAUACCUAUCUGUUUGGCCUAUGAGAUGGCUGAGAGAUGUAGAAUCUCCAGUCGCCAGUUGCGUACCACAAGCACCACAAUUUACACUUUAUCACGUUUUUAUCGCGUCUAACUGUCAAAUUCCAUAGUAAUUCGACAAUUACGCGUGAUAACAACGCGUUAGCGUUUAGCGCAGUGCGCAUGUUAGGGAGGCUGUAUGGCGUAGAGUUUUACCACCUAGGAAUAUAAGAAAAUGACAUUAUAUACAUGC